AUGACAGGUCAGCGCGGCGCGAACACUUUAAUACCGCGCUGUUUCAUCCCACUUUUGGUGUGUUUGGCUUCCCAUAUCCCAUACAUCACGCCCACGGACUGCUGGCUGAACUUCUGCCAUCAGUCUGAAGGUCUGGCUACGCGAGACUAUUACAAGCUGUACAACAUGAGAACGCGGUUUUUGGGAUUUGUUGAGCUCCUUUUCGUUGUUUGUACAGUUCUUUCAUUUGGAGGAGCUUGUGGCCCAAGUGACUAUAAAUCAACUGUUGGGGAGUGUUGUCCAAUGUGCAAUAUUGGGUCAGUGGUGUACCAUGACUGCACUGGUGAUUUCAGUACCACAUGUAUACCCUGCAGUCCAGGAACAUUCAUGAGUGAACCCAAUGGUCUUUAUCAGUGCUUCCCGUGCAGACAAUGUGCUGAAAGGACAAAGGCAUCGGAUACAGAAUGUGUGGACUGCGCUUCAGGGUUUUAUUCUCCAUCGGGGCUGAACUGCACCAAAUGGACAGACUGUGCAGCCAGAAAUGAGAUUCAGGCAGAAGAUGGCAGUCCUGUAAAAGAUGUCACAUGUGAACAGAAGCCAAAGGAAAUAUAUGGUCUUGUAGAUUUAAUUGCAGCUUCCUUAGCAGAAUUCUACAGAAGUUUAUUCUCUGAAGUUCAGAAGGCCAAUAAUGAAGAAAAAAGUGACGUUUAUCCAGGAGCCUCAACACAGGGCACUUGACAAGUAGCAUCAUUUUGAGUAGCCACAUUCUGAAAUCCUGGCAACAGUUUGUGGAGACCACCAUGCCAUUAAUUAAUUUUAAUUUUAGAUUUCUUUUUUGACAAAUAUAAACUGUAGUUAUUUUUGGAUGGAUCUAUAUGAAAGAAAUUCUGAUAAAAGGUCUAUACCACUGGUCUAUAUGUAUGACUGGAUUGCUCAUAAAAUUCUAAACUGCCAGCAAGCGGGAAGUGUUGAAGUGGUCAUAUUGCUAUUCCACACUGGCAUCAUUGACUGACAGCUUAAUUGUUUCUUUGGCUGUUGUCUGAAAUAUUUAUGGUCUUUUCAUGCAGCAUAAUCAAUAUAGUAUAGAAAUUGCUGACGAGUGUCUACUGCACACUCCUGACACAAAAUGUCAUUAUGUAUGUAACAUUACACAAGAGCAUAUAUAUCGGCUCAUUAGCAGAAACUGAUGAGUGUACAAUAACUAUUACAAUACAAGCAUUUUACUAUAUCGUACUAAUAUUAAAAUAAUUCAGUGUUUACAAUGCAUCAUCUUGUUUGGAGCA